AUGUCUACACGCAAGAGAAAGCAAGAGGAGGAAGAGGAGCUUGUUUCCCUUCCUGACGAAGAAGGUGACGAGGAAGAAGAGGAAUACCAGGACGAUGAUGAGGAGGAGGAAGGUGACGAAGAUGAAGAAGAGGAAGAGGAAGAAGAAGAGGAAGGCGAUGCCGAUGACGAUGCGGAAGCCAACGGCGUAGAAGACAAAGCUCCCCCUUCAAAGAAGCGGAAGACCGAGACCGCCGAUGGAGAUGACGCGGCGACCGGCGAAGAAGAAGAGGCUGAAGAUGAGCCUGAAGGCGACGAUGAUGCCGAGGAGGAAGAGGAGGUCGAGGCCGAAGGUGACGGCAAUCAACAGGCUGCCAACGGCGUAGAGGAUGCUCCCGCCAAGGGUGAGGUCAAGGUCACCGAGGCACCCGGCGCUACCAACGGCAAUGCCGCGGCCGCCACGACCGCUGCCGUCGCUGCAGGUGGUGACGCUGAGGACUAA